AUGACUAACGAUCUUCGUGAACUUCAGAAGCAGGAAAGGAACAUUCGGAGGACUCUCGAUGGUAUGCAGUAUUUCGUAGAUCAUUAUGAAGAGGAGCAGAGUGAUCAGGUGGAAAUCCGCUUGCAAAGAUUGGAGGAGGUGUUCAAGGAAUUCCACACAGUCCGUCGAAGAAUUGAGUUGUUGACGGAUGACAUUGUUCCUGCAGAAGAAACUGAAAUCAAGAUAUCCAAGGAACAAUAUCAAGUUCGCAUAGAUGCUGUGAAGAAGGCGAGAGAGGAAGAAAACGUGCAGAUCGUUAUGAAGAUUGAAAACAGCUACUACAACUUGAAGGCUGCUCUUUCAAGGUUAAUGCCGAAGCCUGAUCUUGUUGGAGUUAGACCUGAUGCCCGACCAGUACCGCAAGCCGUUCCAGCCAAUGGUUCGAGAGUAAAAUUGCCUGAAAUAAGACUGCCGAACUUUAGUGGACAACUCAUGGAGUGGGUCACCUUCCGAGACACUUUCCGUAGCUUGAUACACAAUAACCAACAGUUGACAGCUGUGGAUAAGUUCUCGUACCUACGAUCUUCACUGACGGGCGAAGCUCUACAAGAGAUCAACUCGGUGGAGAUGUCCGAAGUAAAUUACGAGGUAGCUUGGACAACACUGGAACGGAGGUACGAAAACAAAAAGUUAAUCGUCAAGGCCCAUUUGGAUUCCUUGUUUGCGGUAGAAGUUAUGAAGAAGGAGAGUUACGAAUCACUGAGUAAGCUGGUUGGUGAUUUCGAGAAACACUUGUUGAUGCUGCAGAAAAUCGGAGAGGAGACCGCCAAUUGGAGCACCAUAUUAGUACACAUGGUUUGCUCGCGCUUAGAUUCCGCUACUCUUCGACACUGGGAGACACAUCACAACUCGAAAGAGGUUCCCACAUACACGAACCUAAUCCAGUUUCUGCGCGGACACUGUUCCGUACUACAAUCAGUCGCUCCCGUGAAGUCCAUUCCAGUCCAGGAGAAACGGCCCAAGCUUGGAGUGAGUAAUUCUGCAGUUCAAUCGUGGAACAAGUGCGCAUUUUGUGGAGAGGCAUUCCAUUCUGCAUUCCGCUGCAUCAAGUUCCUGAAACUGAAGGUUCCCGAACGCUACGAUAUGGCACGACGAAACAAAUUAUGCCUCAACUGCUUAUCAGCAGGACAUCAGUCGAAGUCGUGCGUCAAGGGGUCCUGCCACCAUUGCCAACAGAAACAUCAUUCCCUGUUGCACAAUGACUCAAAUCAGUCUGUCAAAUCCUCCGUCUCGUCGCAAGCGAAAUCUUCAUCAGCGAACCAACAGCAACACCAGACACAAUCACACACUCAAGGCCAGUCUAUACCCAACCAAACCACUCAACCUUCCACAAGCGCUCUCCCUAUUACACUCUCGCAGAACACUAAACCACUGUUCACCACAAACCAGACAUGCACUAGUCAGAACACAAUUUCACUGUCAAUCAGUAACCAAAACCGUACUCGAGACGUACUGCUAUCCACAGCUGUGGUGUGCGUUAAAGAUCAGUACGGAGCGACACGACUAGCCAGAGCUUUACUAGAUUCGUGUUCGCAAUAUUGCUUUAUGAGCACCAAUUUCUGUCAAAGGUUAAAACUUCAAGGAUUCCCGGAUUAUUUUGCGGUCCAAGGAAUUGGAGGAUCAAAAUCCAUAUCGCGAAGGAUGGUCAAGGCAUUCAUCUUUCCCCGAUCUGGUGAUAUUUCGUCGUAUACCGAAAACAUGCCGUUCUAUGUGCUACCAGAGUUGACAGCAACACUUCCCGUUCGAAAGGUCAGCACCGGUCAAUGGAUUCUUCCUAGCAGCAUCGUGUUGGCAGACCCGCAGUUCAGUGAUCCAGGACCCAUCGAUAUCAUCAUUGGAGCGGUGUAUUACUUUGAUCUCCUUACCGAUGGGCGCAGCAAGAUAUCGAAAACCGGCCCAACUCUGCAGAACACCGUCUUUGGCUGGGUCGUGUCUGGUCCCAUUCCAAAUCAACCAGUAAAUCCGCCUCAAGCAGUGUCAUAUUCAUGUACACUAGCGGACAUCCAAGACCAGUUAGCACGAUUUUGGGAGCUGGAAUCCUGCAAAUCCAGCAGCAUCCAUUCUGUGGAAGAGUCAUCGUGCGAAGCUGUUUUCGACGAAACAACAACACGGGACAGCAGUGGAAGAUUUGUAGUGUCCCUACCGAAGAAGGAGUUCGUGAUGCAGCAGCUUGGAGAAUCUGAACUAAUCGCUACUAAACGUUUUCUCGCCCUGGAAAGACGCUUGGAAGCAAAUCCAGAUCUGAAAGCUCAGUACCAGGAUUUUAUUCACGAGUACGAGCGGUUAGGCCAUAUGAAGCAAGUGUACAUCAACGAUUCAGAUUUCCCGAUAUACUUUCUCCCACACCACGCUGUAUUCAAGCCGGACAGCACCACCACAAAACUGCGUGUGGUGUUCGAUGCGUCUUGCAAAACUUCCACGGGCGUUUCCCUGAACGAUGCGCUAAUGGUCGGUCCAGUCGUGCAAGACGAUCUUUUAUCAAUUCAGCUCCGUUUCCGCCUCCAUCGAAUAGCAGUUGUUGCAGACGUCGAGAAGAUGUACCGAAUGAUACUGGUGUACCUGUUGGAUCAACGACUUCAAUGCAUCUUGUGGAGAAACUCACCGAACGAGCCAAUUCGUAUCUACCAGUUGACUACAGUCACAUACGGGACAGCGUGCGCACCUUACUUAGCUACCAAGUGUUUGCAACGUCUAGCAGAGCUUGAGUCCGACAAGUAUCCCGUUGCAGCGAAGGCGAUGAAGAAUGAUUUUUACGUCGAUGACAUGUUGACUGGAGCCGAUGACAUCGAAGCCAUUAUCCGUUUGGUGAAGGAAAUGGUUGAGCUAACCUCCUCGGGUGGAUUUAACUUGAGAAAGUGGAAUUCCAACUCCAGUGCUCUUCUGGCUGAGUUACCAACUCAUCUCGUAGAUGAUCAAUCUGCCUUGGACCUUGAUAUGUCGAACGCUCCUGUCAAAACAUUAGGUCUGCUGUGGAAUACGAGUACUGAUUGCUUCCUAUUUCGGUCACCCGUCUGGAAUGCAGAUGCAGUUAUUACCAAACGAGUUGUACUUGCGGACACGGCUCGAUUAUUCGAUCCUCUUGGCCUGGUGGGACCAGUCGUCAUCAUUGCGAAGAUGUUCGUGCAAGAUUUAUGGAGACAGAAGUGUGACUGGGAUGAAUCGCUACCAGAAGCAAUGCAGAACUUCUGGAUCGAAUACAGGAGAAAUCUCUCGGCUUUAGAUUCGCUUUCGAUUCCUCGGUGGGUGACGUUCUGCACGGACCUUGCUUCAAUUCAAAUUCACGGCUUUUGCGAUGCGUCCAAGAAAGCCUACGGAGCAUGUCUGUACCUCCGGAGUACCACAUUCAGCGGAUCAGUGGAAGUUCGUCUCAUCACAGCGAAAUCCAAAGUUGCACCUCUAGAGGAUCUCAAGCGGAAGAAAAGGGAACAAACUACACCACGACUGGAAUUGUCAGGCGCGCUACUCCUCAGUCAUCUGUACGAGAAGUUCGUCAGCAGUACCGGUAUCCACCACACAGCUCACUUUUGGACCGAUUCUACGAUCGUGAUGUACAUCGAGAUGGCAGAUGUUCGUGGCGAAUCGAGUGUCUGA